CUCUGAUUCAGAGGGGUUGGGUUAAAUGCGGAAGACACAUUUCAGUUGGAUAGGUUCAGUUGGACAACUGACUAUGUAUUCCACUUUCACUAGUAGGCUACCGAAAUAACUAGACCGUUGACUGUUCAGGAAUGCGCUCAUUUGGGAUUUGGAAUGCAUUUUACGCAGCAGAGAACUUUGCUUUAAUCGACGUACUUGUAUCAUGAGAGAAUAAUAGUUAUCCUAGGAACAUGGACAAAUAAUGCACAAGCUUUGCCUGAUGCGAUGAGAUACUCUUCAAGUUCUCUUGAGAAUUGGAGCCAACCAUAUCAACACCGACAAAAAUUUAAGUUUGGACUGUGUGUAAAGCCAGAACCGACAAAACAAUUUCACGGGAACACCGCAUCUAUAUUAAAGCAUCUUCACAGACUCGCAUAGCGAGUCUGUGAGCAGGUGAGUGCGGGACCCUGUCUGCCCCACUGUCCAGCGACAUAAUGAGCUGGAGCUUCCUCACGCGGCUGCUGGAGGAGAUCCACAACCACUCCACCUUCGUGGGGAAGCUGUGGCUCACCGUGCUUGUCGUCUUCCGCAUCGUCCUCACCGCCGUCGGGGGAGAGUCCAUCUACUAUGACGAGCAGAGCAAGUUCGUCUGUAACUCGGGCCAGCCGGGCUGCGAGAAUGUCUGCUACGACGCCUUCGCGCCGCUGUCGCACGUCCGCUUCUGGGUCUUCCAGAUCAUCCUGGUGGCCAUGCCAUCUCUCAUGUACAUGGGCUACGCCGUCAACAAGAUCGCCCGGCUGGACGAGGACAAGGGCGGGGGAGGGUUGGCCACUGAGACAGGGGGAGGGGAUGGAGGGGGCUACACCCACCGGAGGCCCAGGAAGAUCUGCUUCGGGGCGCGGCAGCACCGGGGUGUAGAGGAGGACCAGGACCAGGACCAAGAGGAUGACCCUAUGAUCUACGAGGUGCCUGAGCCCGAGCCCCCUCGCCGGGUCGACCCGCUGGCCCCGCGGCCCAAGCCCAAGGUACGCCAUGACGGGCGGCGGCGUAUCCAGGGUGACGGGCUGAUGCGUAUCUACGUGCUGCAGCUGGUGACUCGCACGGCGCUGGAGGCAGGCUUCCUGGCGGGCCAGUACCUGCUGUACGGCUUCCGUGUGAUUCCUGUGUUCGUGUGCUCCUUCGAGCCCUGCCCCCACAGCGUGGACUGCUUCGUGUCACGGCCCACGGAGAAGACCAUCUUCCUGCGCAUCAUGUAUGGUGUCACGGUGCUCUGCCUCACCCUCAACGUGUGGGAAAUGCUGCACCUGGGCAUCGGGACCAUCUGUGACAUCCUCCGCCGUCGCCGCUGCCCGCCCCAGGAGGACGAGUACCAACUGGGGCUGCUGGGACCCAGUGUGGGGGUCUCCGUGGGGGUGCCCGGGCCAGAGCCGGGAGCAGGGGGAGGGGUGGUGGGGGAUGGGGGUGCUGAGUACGUGGGGUACCCGUUCUCGUGGAACGCCCCGUCAGCUCCACCAGGCUACAACAUCGUGGUGAAGCCGGAACAGAUCCCUUACACAGACUUGAGCAACGCCAAGAUGGCGUGCAAGCAGAACCGGGCCAACAUCGCCCAGGAGGAGCAGCAGCAGUUUGGAAGCAACGAGGACAAUUUCCCCACGGGAGGGGAGGCCCGCGUGGCCCUCAACAAGGACAUGAUCCUGCAUGCCCAUGACCAGCUAGAGGCAGCCAUCCAGGCCUACAGCCAGCAGCACAGGGCAGAGGAACACCUGGGGGACAACCAUGAUGACAAGCCCCAAAGCAACAUCACCCAGGCCCAGCCACAGCCUCAGCCUCACAAGGAGCGCAAGCACCGCUUCAAACACGGCAAGGGGGGCAGCAGUGGAGAAGGGACUGGAAGCAGCAGCAACAGCAGUAGUAGCAAGUCAGGGGUGGGCAAGCCUUCUGUGUGGAUUUGACCCCAUACACACACAAAUAGACAAACACACACACACACUCCAGCCCUGGCCUGAGCCAGCACUGACGGAGCCCCAUAUCCGUGUAGUGUAUGUGUCAGUGAGGGAAGGGGUGGUCCCGAAAACACCAGCGCCAGCCCUGAAUGGAGGGCUGAGGUAGUGGGAUGUCAGGCUGUCCUUCUGUGGAUAUUUCAACACCAUGUUGUGCCUUUAAAAAUCCCACAAGCUGGAGGAGACUAGCCUACAGUAGUAAUAUGUCAGUGUGGACAGGUGAGGAGAGGUGUGUCAAGAGCAUUAGUGAUUUUUCAGCAGGCAGUUGUGUGUCUGGGUUGUCGCUGUCUAACCUACAAGACCCCGACACAACUCUCUGAAACAGUCUCUAGUGUUUCUGAACUCUUCCAGUUCUGAAGCAGACACUUGUUCUCUGUUGUUUUCCUACUGUCCCGUCUUCCAGUAGCCUGACGACUCACACUAAAUUAUUCUGUAGUUCGCUGCAUACUUUAGUCUGAGCCUGCCAUUAUUGAAGUUGUUUGUGGUGACGAAGGGCACGUGGGGCAUUGUACAAACAAAGUCAUUAGCGAUUGGAUCGUCUCUAACCAAUCAGAGUCCAUGAGGAAUUUUCAAACGGAAUGUGUUGGCAUUCGGUGAAGGGUUGGGGAGGUACUCAGAUCCAGACUUAUUGAGGAGAAGAAACUAACGUCUGUGGGUGUGGUGUAGCGUUUGGCCGGAGCAAGGAUUCUGGGCAGCCAGGCAAGUCUUCCAGAGGAUAUUGGGCUGAGAAAAUUACAAAAUCUUUAUCACCAACUCUUUUGGGGGAUUUCUGAUCCAUUUAUUUAUAUCCCGUCCAUUCUCUUGGUGAUCCUGAUUUCCAUGCCACAUUUUGAUCAAGAUAAUCUGCUGGCUGACUUUCUGCAAAGUCACAGACUUCAUAAUACAUUGGCAUCAGAAUGAAUGGACAUCAUAAUGCAAUGACAUCGCAAUACAAAGACCGUAUAAACAAUGACUUUAUAAUGCAAUGACAUCAUAAUGCAAUGAAUGACAUUGUAAUACAAAUACAGUAUAAAACAAUGACUUUAUACUGCAAUGACAUCAUAAUGCAAUGAAUGGCAUUGUAAUACAAAUACAGUAUAAAACAAUGACUUUAUAAUGCAAUGACAUCAUAAUGCAAUGAAUGACAUCAUAAUACAAAGACAGUAUAAAACAAUUGCUUUUAAUGCAAUGACAUCAUAAUGCAGGGAUAAUAAUGAAAAGGUCAAUCACAAUGUAGAUGUUCAAAUUCCCUGAAGGCUAUUGUCUGUCUAUUUUCUCUCCAAGGUCACUGAUGUUUAAUGUGUGUGACUUUAUAUUUGACCCAGGCCAAGUCUUUGAGUGCAUGCAUCUUCCAGGUGGAGACUGAUCAUGGCUUGAUCAGAUGAAAGUGGUCAGGGAGAUGGUUGAUGGAGACAGUCUGGUGAAGAGGGCUACUCUUGUAGCCACUGGAGUUCCCCCUCCUUCACAAUGUGUAUGAGAAGCAAUUAUUCUCACAAUUAAUUCAUACGAUUUAUUGACAUCUCCCUGUGUAAACCUGCACUCUUUUCACUUUAUUUUCUCUGUGUUUCUCCGUCACUAGUUCUCUCCACUCUGGACCUGUGUAAGGUUUUCUCAGUACUGGGUUGACAUUUUAUCUGUCUGGUUAUUGAGUGCCCCCUGGUGGUACAGCUUUUAAACUAAGGAUUUAUCAUCCCGUUAGUACAAUAUUACUUACUUUAAUUUGGUAUCUUACUAGUACUUAAUAAUUUCGAGUUACCAAUGAUCACCCAACAUUCCAAACACCUGAAGUUAGUCUCUCCAGUUACACAGUAGCCCACUGUUUCCUUUUCAACCUCUUCCUUCCAAGAGCCUUCCUCACAGUGUUCAAUAUGAGACCAACAAGGCUGGAAUAAAAACAGCUCUCCAAGCUAGCCGUGUUGAUGAAGAUCUGCCUCUCUGUUCUCCUCUGUCCAAGUAUUUCUCUGAACUGCCAUAUAGGCUGUGUCCCAAAUAGCGCCCUACUCCCUAUGGGCCCUGGUCAAAAGUACUGCAAUAUAUAGGGAAUAGGGUGCCAUUUGGGAUGAAGCUAUAGAGACCAAACACUGUUAGUGUGAUGACGGCAGCGUCACUGCCAUUGCCAAGACAACGUUAGGCUACUAUGCAGCCAGGUUGUCAUGUAGCUUUGCUAAGGAAUACUGUGGCCAUGCUACCUGAAUCACAAAGGAGAAGAACCUGUGUGCUGUAUGUAAGACCAAUCCUUUGUAUUUUUUGUAAAAGUCGCUCUGUUUUCUAUUAUGUGUAAGUGUGUUUCGGUGUGUUUU